AUGGCUUCCACAACUCAGAUUAAUCUGCGACCCAGACCCGCCCAUACUUCUGGGCCGACUUAUCUAUCGUAUACUCCAGAUGGCUCAAAAUUGGUCACAGUCGGUUCAAAUAACACAACUCGAGUAUACAAGACUGGAUCCGAUGGAGAACCUACAAAUAUUGAUGAUUGCCAAGAGCAGAAUAUGGGAGUUGAUUCUACAAAUGACUUUUUCGUCGCUGGUUCCGAAGAUGGAACUGUUAGCAAAUAUUCUUUCGAUACGAUGUCAUUCGACAAAUUCCUUAUGCGCUGUUCAUUACCAGUUCGAGACGUUGCGAUAUCACCAAAUGGUAGAUGGUGUGCUGUUGCCAGUGAUGAACUCACCGUCAAAAUCGUAGACACAAACGAUGUAAACCAUAUGAUGUACCUCAGAGAUCAGCAGAAGCCUGCGAAGCACUUAUCCUUCGACCCAAGCAACAAAUUCAUAACUUUAUCAUGUACGGAUGGUAUGAUAUACGUAUAUUCGUUGUUGGACGAGGAACCCGAACUUGUGAGAACAAUUGAUGGAAUGAUCAGAGCUGUAGAGACGGAUGAUGAGAUUAGCUCGAAAGUCGUGUGGCACCCGGAUGGUAGAGCAUUCGCUGCACCAACUGCCACAAGAGAUAUCCAAGUCAUGUCCCGCAGUGAUUGGGAGAAACAGCGUGUCUUUGCAAAUGGUCAUACCGGGGAUAUUACAGCAUUGGCGUGGUCGCCAAACGGAGCGAUGCUUGCAUCGGCUGGGAAGGAUAGGAAGAUCUUGCUUUGGGAGACCAAAACACAAAAGAUCAUUGCUACUUACGACCAUGCAAAUGUCAUGGAUUUGGCCUGGCACCCUACCGAUAAUUUGCUUUCUUUCACUAAUUCGGAUGGAGAAGUUUAUAUUUUUCAGAAUUUUGUACCUAGUGAGCAUGCUCACCUGGUUAGAUUGGGACGGCAACCAGCUCCUUUUGUGCAUGACCCGUUGUCGGAAAUCUCAAAUAAUGCACGACGACCGACCACAAAUGGCACAAAAGAUAUGCCAGUCCGAGGAGUUCGGCGUGGCUCUCCUGACAGUUUGGAUGAUAUACUUGGAUCAUCAAUAAUGGGAGAUGAAGAUAACUUUGUCAUUGAUGAUGAUGGCGCUGGCUACGCCCUCGGAUUGAAUGGCAAUGGCAAGAGACCUGCGGAUGAUGUGGAUCCUUACGGGGUCUCCAGGAGUAAGAGGCAAGCACAAUCAUGGGAGCCACAAUAUCACGAAUCCUUUCAGCCAGGUAGCACACCCUGGCGAGGAGACCGGAAGUAUCUUUGUCUCAAUCUGAUUGGAUUUGUGUGGACGAUUGACCAGGGUGAUUAUCACCAAAUCACGGCAGAAUUCUAUGAUCGCGAAACCUACCGCGAUUUUCGCUUCACAGAUCAUUUACUAUAUGAUAAAGCCUGUCUCAACGAAGAUGGCUCUCUUUAUUCCUGUCCUUCCGGCAACCGUCACCCAGCAACAAUCUUAUAUCGUCCUCAUGAAUCCUGGACAAGCGGUACAAAUCGUGUAGAAUGGCACACUGAGUUACCUAAAGGCGAGGAGGUAAGUGCCAUUGCACUCAGUGAGUCUUUCGUCACAGUGACUACUACCGCAAAUUAUGUUCGUAUAUACACACUCUUCGGAAUACCGUUCAGGGUAUACAGACAGAAAAGUAGUCCCAUUGUUACUUGCGCGAGUUGGAGGGAUUACGUCCUCACCCUAGGAAAUGGUCCAGUGGGUGCGGAUGGUAAUACAAAAUUGCUGUAUACCAUACAAAACAUUAAAAGAGAUGAAAUUUGCCAAAACGAGGAUGUAGUAGCUUUACCAGAUGGCGAAACAGUCAAAAGCGUCUUCUUUUCAGAUAACGGGGACCCAUGCAUUUACGACUCUACUGGGACACUCCUCACCCUUGUUCAUUGGCGUGAGCCAUCCCAGGCAAGUUGGGUUCCUCUUCUCGAUACUAAACUUCUCUCUCGUCUUGCGAGCGGGCGGAAAACAGAAACAUAUUUUCCCGUGGCGGUGUCAGACAAUAAAUUCCACUGCAUCAUCUUGAAAGGCGGUGACAAAUACCCUUACUUUCCUCGUCCUCUGCUCACCGAAUUUGAUUUUCAAAUCCCUAUUUCCUCACCGUCAAAACCUGAUAGUGGAGACGAUGGUAACGAGACGGGUGGAGAUGAAAUGAAGAAAUUGGAAGGAGAAUUUGCCCUCAAGAGUAUUCUUUCAAUACUCAAGUCGGAUCUUGUCAAGUCUACUGCAAGCACAGAAGGUGAACGACAGGAAUUGUUAACGAUGGAUGUCGAGAUCGAUAAGACUUUGUUGAGGAUGAUGAUGGCAGAAUGUAUUGAAGGAGAGGAAAGAGGUAUGAGGGCAUUGGAGAUGGUGCAAUUAAUGAAAGAUAGGACAGGAAAAUUUAUCGAGGCAGCAGGUCAAAUAGCCGAUAAUUCAAUGCAAAACGAUACGUCCGAGUCAAGAAUGAUAGAGAGACAUGGUGCUUGGGACAUCGAGCAACGAACUCCUGAGCUUCCAAGUUGA